UAUAAACAAGCGGGUUUAUAUUAAUCGCUUCGCCGCCACAAAGACGGUCUUUUUCCGGCGACGGCGAAACGAAGGUGGCCGUUCCUUCACCGAUUGAGAUUGUAUUUCUGGAAGCGACAAUGGAAUCUUCUGUCACUCCGCUUCCUUAUCGACGCUCGCAUCUGUCGAAUCAGACUUAUCGCUCUACGCUUCAUCAUCUCUGCUCGAGUUUCGAUCGGGAGCCCGGAGUUUCUCUUACCACACCGGCUAUUCUUCAGGAUCUGGUGCUAAGAACAGAAAUUGCUCAAGCUUCUCCGGGAGAAACUUGCGAACCUGGAAAAAUAUGUGCUGAUGAAAAGCCGCCGGAGAAUCUAUCGAUACUGGAACCAAGAUCCGAUGGAGGAUCUGGUGAGUCAAGAGCUGAGAAGGAGGAAAAGAUAUUGAUGCUUGGAGAUGUUUUUGAUGGAAUCGACUUGCAAGAUGCAUCUGUUGGUAAUCAGCACAAAGAUUUUUUCGAUGAUUUUGAGCUUAUGAUAAAUGACAGUGAAGACUUUGUUCCAGAAAGUUGUGUGAAUUUCUCUGAGACACUGGAUGUGAAUGACUAUGAUGUUGAUGGUAUGGCGAAACAAGCUCUUGUUUUUGUUCAAAAUGUCGCGGAGAAGCCUAACAACACUGCUACUGAGAUUCAAGUAGAUUCAGUAGAAGGUGACGAUAAGAAGGUUUCUGAGAUUAUUGGGAGUAAGGCAGAGGAAGUUCCCAAAUUAGCUGAAUCUAAUGAAGUUCUAAGUUCUGGAGUUGUGGAUAUUAAUAACGAAACCCUUGCUAGAGAGAUGGAAUCCGAGAAGAAACCUGUUGAUUGUAGUCAGGUCGUGGCAGCUUCUAUUUCUCAGAUGGUUGAAGAUGGAGAUGUCGAAGAAGGAGAGAUAUCUGGAGAUGAUAAUGAUAAUAUGCUGAUAGGAGAUGAUUUACCAGUCGAAAGACACGAGGAUUCUCAUGUCUCACAGGAGAUAGUGGAUAAAAAUGGAGAAGGGACUAGUAAGAGUUCUUGUUCUGGUCCCUCUUUUGGUGUUGAGGUAUUGAAUGUAGAAAAUGGAGUAAAGGAGAAGGAUCAAACUUCCAAAAACCAAGAGAAGAUGGCUUCUGGAACUCGCAUAAAGAAAAAGUCUGCGCCUUCAAAGGAAGCAAAAGCUAGAAAGAAGGCCAAAUUUCGGAAGAAAAGAGCUCAAGAGCGUAUAGCCCUUGGCGUGAAAAAGCUGCAACUUAAACCAGUAGCUCCGAAACCAAUACCUAUAAAAUAUUGUCGACACUAUCUCAAGGGACGGUGCCAUGAGGGAGAAAAAUGCAAAUUUUCACACGAUACAACUCCAGAAACCAAAUCUUUGCCUUGCUGCUACUUUGCAACCCAGUCAUGUAUGAAAGGAGAUGAUUGUCCGUACGACCACGAUCUCUCCAAAUACCUUUGCAAUAAUUUCAUUACCAAAGGUUCUUGCCACAGGGGUGAUAAUUGUUUGUUUUCACACAAGGGCACUCCACAGGCUGCUUCAGAUACACCGAGUGCAAAUGUAACAACCUCAUCAACUAACAUCACUGCAGCGUCUUUCUCACCUCAGAAAUCAAAUAAACAAACAGUGAGAGAGGCCAUAGCAAAAUUACCGACGAUCCAAGCAAGAGUGUCAAUCCCAGAUAUGUUUUUGAAGCCCUCGAGUCAAGCUAACCAAAGAAACUCAUCUGAUGCAUCACCUCCACAGAUUCCUCCUCUGAGAAAACCAUCCGUUGCUCCAAAGGGUAUGAGUUUUCUCUCUCUCGAAAAAACCUCACAAGAGGAUACCGUGAAACCACCGUCUCUUGGGUCCAAGCAAAACACACAGAACUCUGAUAAUCAGAGCUUGAAGCAGUCACAACAGAGAAGCUCUGUUCCUAUGGUGCCUCCAAAAGGAAUUAGCUUAACAUUUGCAUCAGAGAAACACAAAGCUCUGAAUCAAGAGCCGCCUCAAGAAUCAUCAAGUAGUAGAAAUCUCAAGACAACGCCUAAUUCACACAUUCAAAGUUCUCUAAACUCAACCAUGAAACUCGCUGCAGAAUUCGAAUCCGCUAAAGUUGAGAGGCGCACAAAUGACUCCGCAGAAGCUGUAAAUAAGGGCGAUGUUGCCGUUAACACGAGUGUAACCAGAAACUCAGGGAACAUACCUUCUAAGAUUCUCGAGUUUUUGUCGAGCUUCCGCCAUGGCAAAAACUGAUCUUUUUCUGGUUUUUUUAGAUAAAAGGAUGUACUGUGUAGAUGUAACGGAUCACGGAUGUAUUGAGUAUUUAAAGGUCUACUUUCUU